GACCCAUCAAUUGAGAAACAGAGUUUUAAAGUGUUUGAUAACAAUACAUUCACCUACAUGAAAAUGUAUGCAUCAACUCAUAUAGAAAUAAUUGUUAUCUGCUAUCUGAUCAGUGCUAUAUGCAUUUCACACUCUUUGGUGUCCUUCUUUGAUUUUGCAUCCAACGUCAAAUUGUAAAGCUUUGAUUCAUGCACUUAUAUUUUUUCAGGUGAAACAGACACAUAAAUCCUUUUCUGUGGCGUGCACACAAUGGACCAAAGUAUUUGGAAACUUGAGAUUUUAAAUUGUUUAAAUUGCAUGUAUAACAAAAAUGUCACACAAGUAAUGCUAAAAUGCAAAAUACAUUUAACUUUAUUUUUCUUCAUGUAUCUAUAUUUUCCAUAUUACAUUUAAUAGUGACAUACUUUUGGUUGUUUAGUGGCUUUCUCACUUUUUUUUAUUCUUGGUGCGGCGCGCGAAUUGACAGGAGGGCGUUGGCAGCUGUUAGGGUGUAACUACUUACACAGGACGUGGUAGUUUCAGAAGUCCCCCUCCUUUAUCUCACCCCAACAAACACAUAAACACAUAAACUAUCUUCAUCUAUUAUCUUAUAGAAAUUUUAUUGCAGUGAAAAACAAAAGAUACAUCACAUUUAUUUUUAAUCAACAGUCCACUUUGAGUUUUGCAUGUUCCAUGUGUAUAUAUUCUUAUAUGCUAAAUCAUCCUGAAUUGUAGAAAUAAAUGAUGCAUAUCAAAAAAGACUAAAUCAGGUAGCUUUCACUCCUUAUACAUAAAAGUUAUUCAUGCACAACUCAGUUUUUUCUCACGAAAAUCAGGGAAAGUUUUGCAGAUGAUUAUACAGUUUUGAUUUGUGUGCAUAUGUGUGUUUUCAACCAGCUGGUUGAGGAGAUGAAGUGAAAACAGUUUAAGGGAGGGGUCCCCUAAUACUAUUACUAGGUCAUCAGGGUUUCCUGUUUGCUGACGAGAUUCGGAGAAAAGCUUUUGUAAGAACGUUGAUGUAGCGUAAGACAUUUAAAAGACUCUUACAUCAGGUCUUUACUGCAACAUGUGCCUAUAGUACAAACUGACAGUGAGACACACACACAAAAAAAACUUAUAACUCUUCAUUACUGAUGUCAACUUUUUGGGAUCUUUUUUCUUUGUUUUAUUUAUAAAUCUCAGUUUUGCAUUUUUUUAUACAAUUUUAAAAUGUUUAAUAAAAAUGUUUAUCUGGAUGAAUGCAUUAUUUAUUUAUGUAUAUAUAUAUUUUUAAUGCAUUAUAUUGUUGUAAUAAUUACAUGUUUUCCUGGCAAAACUAAAAUUUUUAGGGAUCUUCGCUAUUUUGUAUGAUAUUUAAUACCAAAUUGCAUUGCACGUGCCACACAUGGCAGUCGAUUUGCACACAUUUUGGGAAAAUGUCACAAUUAUGCAUUUUUGGAAAUCGAGAAUAUUGCUUUCUUCGCUGGGUGUGUCAAGAAAAGAAAGCUAACUUCCUUCUUACUACAGGGUAUAUAAUAGGCAAGAGACCCAGUACUCAAGCUUUUUGCAUCAGGGCAUGGCUCAAAACCAGUUACACCACCAUCACUUUUAAGAGGGUAUUCAGUGAGCCCAAGAAUCUCCAGUAAAGGUGACUGAUCUUGGAGUUGGAGUUUGAUUGCUUCAAAGUCCGUGUCAACCCUAGUGAGAUUACACUGAGCACCCGAUUCCUCGCAUCAUGGAUUUCAGGCGUUCCAUCAGCGCUGACUCUUCCUGCCCGGACAUCUACAACUGGAACGUCAGCUACAAUCUCAUACUGGAGCACUACAACUUCACCGGGCGCUUACAGCAUCGAAAACCCUCUAAGUCCAGCAGCGGCAUCCUCACCGUCUUGUUCCUGUGCAUCAGCAUCUUCAUCGUCCUGGAGAACCUCAUGGUGCUGCUGGCCGUUCUCUUUCGAGGCCGUACGCGCAACGGCUGGAUAUUCAUCUGCAUCGCCAACAUCUCCCUCAGCGACCUGCUGACAGGCAUCGCCUACGUAGUCAACAUCUGCAUGUCUGGAGGACGCACCUUCAAGCUCAGCCCGGUUCUUUGGCUCUUCCGUGAAGGACUUUUGUUUGUAGCGCUCGCAGCUUCCAUUUUCAGCUUGCUUUUGAUUGCUGUGGAGCGCUAUGCUACUAUGAUGAAGCCCGUCCAGCAGAAAACUGCCACUAAGAUUUAUCGGGUCUACAUUAUGAUAGCACUGUGCUGGGUCACGGCUCUUGUUAUCGGCUUCCUGCCGCUUAUGGGUUGGAACUGCGUUUGCAACUUAAAAAACUGCUCUACCCUUCUCCCCCUUUAUUCCAAGAGCUACAUCCUCUUCGCUUUGGUCAUAUUCUUCAUCAUCCUGCUCACCAUAGGCGCUCUCUAUUUUGCCAUCUACUGCCACGUCCGAAGCAGCACGGAGACGGCGGCCUUACGCAGCAACAAGCGUUCGUUGCGUCUCCUCAAGGCUGUCAUCUCCAUCGUGGGGGUCUUCAUGGUCUGCUGGGGUCCACUGUUCAUCCUCUUGCUGGUGGACUUCUUCUGCUACUCUCGGAGCUGCAGCACGCUCUACAGUCCCGGCUGGGUCAUCGCCAUGGCUGUGCUCAACUCCGCCAUGAACCCGUUCAUCUACUCGUUCGGCAGCUUGGAGCUGCGGAAAGCCAUCUGCUCCCUCCUGUGCUGUUGCUGUCUGAAGACGGGUCUGUGCGAUAUCAAGACCUUCAUGUCCAAAGAGACCUCCAGCACUUCGGGAAGCCGACACAGCAGCAUGCGAAACAGUUUCAGCAAGGUGCGAAAUCUGAGCACCAGCCCACCUCCACAAACGAAAAACAAGAAGACGCGCCUCAGCUCCACCACAUCUUGUUUGUCUGCGUCAAGCGGUUAGGUUGCGGUGGGCAGGUAAGUUUCACACCUUGCCACAGGAAUUGCUCCUCCUAAUGCUCACAGUCAGCAUAAGGCUGUUUUGCUGUUUGGCACGUGCACACCCAUGUAUCUGCUCCGAUGAAGUAAAAUCUUGCUUGCUGAAAGAAUGAAAAAGGGACAGUUGUGCAAAAAAACUGUAAUUUCAGUCAAGUUCCUGUAACUUUGCAAGCGUUUCACAGGUUUGGAUCGUACGGGGAACACAUGAAUUGCUCAAAUAUAUUGGACUGCCAUGCAUAAAUGUUUAUCAGGCUUAAUGAAUGUAUUUUUAUAUGAGAAACUGAACUGAUGCAAGCAAUAUGAAUUUUAAGAUGUUUGACUUAUUAUGUUUUCUAAGAGAAUGCGAAGGUAAUACAAAUGUUGUAUUUAAAAAUUAAAAAUGUUUAUUUUCAUAAGAUACAGAUGAUGUUUAUAUUUUGUACAUGCAAUUUUUUAUUUUCUUUAUUGUCUCAGAGUAUUUUUUGUAAUUGUACAUUGUCCAAAUUUUUAAAUGCAAUAAAAAUAAAUCUACUGAUGUUUUUCUCUGC